UUCAUUAAUAAUUUAAAUAAAAUUAUCAUGCUAAAAUUAUUUUUCGUUUUUAUAUUUUCUAUUUGUAGUAUUUAUGCUUAUUCAAAAAAAUAUUGUGAAAUAUGCCCAAACCAUACACUUUGCAGAUACGAGGUUUCAGGUCCAAGUUAUACAUGCUUAGGGUAUGAUAAAAAAGCAUUACUAACAGAGCAUGAUAUUAAAGCAAUAGUCGAUCAAAUCAAUCAUCGAAGAAAUUUCAUUGCAUUGGGCCAUUCAAAUGUUUUGCCAGGAGCUGCUAACAUGCAAAAGAUUAGCUGGUCUCAAGAAUUAGCAACAUCUGCUCAGCGGUGGGUAGAUCAAUGUGACCAAACGUUACGGCCAGAAAAAGAAGAUCAAUGUCGUGAUUUAGAAAACAUGAAAGUUGGACAAAAUAUAGCCACGAUAUUUGGACCAUCCCCCGGCCUUCAUGUGAAAAGCUUCGUCGAAAUGUGGUUUAUGCAAUCAUUAAACUAUCCCGGAGUAGUUACAUAUUACAAUGAGUCUCGAGACUAUAAAACUAAUCAAUUUACGCAACUUAUUUGGGCCACUACCGAAAUAGUUGGAUGUGGAAAAGCUAAGUUUUACGUCAACAAUAAUAAAAAAACAAUCGCAGUAAGACUCGUUUGCAACUUCGCUCCACGGGGCAACGUACAUGGAAAACCAGUUUAUAUUAUUGGAUACGCUGCGACGCAAUGCCUAGACGAUAUGGAUCCUGAUAUCGUUUUUCCUGGAUUAUGUAGUCGACCACUACAAACCAAUGAAGUAUUUGGUAAUAAAAGGAGUAAUUCAGGUAGAUUGUUACCAGCGACACCAAUAGCCAAUAGUUUACUUCGGAUUCGCAAUUUAUUUAAUGAUUCUGCAAAGCGAGAAAUUGAUCCCGUUUAUAAUAAUUUAAAGCACAUGAAAAAAUCAUGCAAAAAUGAAACUCCUCAAAGCAACAAAAAAUCAAGUUCUAUUAUAGUGCAGGAUAACACUCUCGAUGCAGUCAAACGCAGCCAUACAUUGGAUAGUGAGAAUUUUUGGAUAAAUCACAGAAACACUUCCCGAAAUUAUGGAGAUGAUUUCUUCCAACAGGAUAAAGGACAUUCAAGAGUAUAUCAUGGCCAUGACCAUAGAAAUGAAUUCGAUUCAAUCCAUCCAGAAACAUUCUUUACAGAUUCUCGAAGAUUUGACUACACUACCCCUCCAUUAAAUUAUCAUAAAGAUCGAGAUUACCGGAAACAUAAUAUGAACAGACAGUGUACUCGUAAUAUAGGAUUUAAGAUUAUUAAAAAUGUUGCUACAGAAUGUAAUCCAUGUAAACAAAAAUUAAAAUGUACGAGAGGACAAAAAAUUAAUCCUCAAACACAUGUCUGUGAAGAUCGCGAAGCUCCCGCCUAUCCUCAAGAUUUUUGUAGAUGUCAUAACUUUCAAAUAACUUGCCCAACUACUAAUCUAUGUAUUCCAAAUACGAACAGUGAAUGUUUUAACUUUAAUUAUCCAGUUAAACGCUGUCCAAACAUGCUUAGAACUUUAGAAACUAAAGUCAAAAAUAAUAUGGAAAAGCAAGAAGAAAUACAUUAUUUUGACUUAUUUUCUAGGGGGUUAAGAAAAUAUGAUCCAACUUUGAAACAAGAAGUAAAACUCUUUACUAAUGAAAAUAUAAAUAUAUUAGACGAACAAAAUCAAAAACUUCUUAAUAAACAAAACGACAAUUACCCAAAUUACAGGCAGUGAAAUAAAGAGAAGUGUGUCUGAAGAUGAUACAAAAUUUAAACCGUUUUGGCAGAUAGAUGGUUUUACUAACAAAAAAGAACCCCAACUUAAGUCCAUGAAGUAUACUACAUUAUCAAAUAAGAAAAUCAGGAUAUCAAAAAG